AUGUUGCAUUUACUUUUGGUAUUCGUCGUUAUCACGGGUACGUCAUGUACUAAAAUUGAACAAAUCGUCGCAUCUGCUGGGCAAGCGUUUUCAUUCGACUGUCAAUUCGAUGAAUCAGUAUUCUUCGCUAAACAACUUGACAAUUGGUCUGAAAUACAAGAGAAUGAUAAUAAAUAUACGUCGUUAAAUCUAAAUUUUAACUAUUUAAUGGAAGAAAAUAUUUUACGUGUAACAUCCAAUUCCGUUGAUUCGGUAAAUCUGGGCUAUUAUGGCUGUCGAAGAGCUACAUGGGCCACGCCAGACAUGAAUCGUAUCUACAAAUUAGUCAUAGCUGGUAACUCACGUUUACCUUUUUCUAUCCUAUCACGAUAUACAUACUUGUUUUCAGAUGUGCAGUUGUUCUACUGGAGUUACACGUGUCAUGCCCCGAUCGGUUCAUGUGUACGUACUGAUGAUUCCAACGAUGACACGUUGAGCACAUUCGAAGUCGCUGAUCAAACCACUGUCAAUUUAUAUUGCUGUGCUUCUGUGAAUGGUUUAAAAAAUAUCAAUGUGAAAAUGAAUCGAGUUGGCGAAACCCGAGGUGACAUUCACAUAAAACGAAAACAAGAAUUGGACGGUUCAUGGGUUGUCUGUGCUAACCAACAUACGCUUAUCAAGCGAACAUCAUCGAGAAAUCCACAGACGUUGAAAUGCGAAUUAAUCACUGAUAACGAGCCAUACUCUUCAUUGUCGAGUUCGAUUGUAGUAAAAGAUGCUCUGCCAGCUGAUUCAGAUAUUGAUUCAGCUGAUCAUUAUCAGCCAUCCAUGAAAGGCACUGACGAUAGUUACUUCUCGGGAUCAGCAUCAGACCGUCGUCGAGGAAAAGGAAACGCAUUGCUAUUAUUCUUGGCAUUGUUUCUUUGUUCUAAACGUAAAGGUUCACAAAAAAAUGACUUCUCAUCUAUUCCAACCAAUGAAAAAAUCAGUUCACUUCCUCAACAAAAUCUCAAAGACGACUCUGAUUAUCUACAACCAACGCCGCUAUAUGAAAAUACUUCCGUGUUUCUUCGACUUUAA